AUGACACCAGGAGACUCCAUCCCCGAAUCAUGGAAACUACACGUUGACGGCUCCUCGAACAUCACCUCCGAAGGCGCCGGAGUCAUUCUCGAAAGCCAUAACGGAGUCGUGAUCGAACAGUCAGUACGAUACGAAUUCCCGGUCUCAAACAACCAGGCAGAAUACGAGGCCCUCUUGGCAGGCCUAGCCCUAGCCCGGGAAGUCAGAGCAAAGGUCCUAGAGGUAAAUAUCGAUUCCCAGGUAGUCAGCUCUCAAAUUAGCGGAGACUACCAGACACGAGAUCCCCUACUCCAACAAUACCUCGCCAAGGUAAACAGACUAAAAGAAGGAUUCGAGCACGUUACCAUACAGAACGUUCCUAGGGAACGAAACGUCAGGGCAGACCUACUUUCCAAACUAGCCAGUACCAAACCUGGACACGGUAACAAAUCGCUAAUCCAGGAAGUCGUUAAGUCACCCUCCGUGUCAACGACAACCAACGCUCAUCUGACAUUCUCAAACCAGGGAUCUUGGACCCACCCUAUCCUACAGUACCUCCUCGACGGAACACUGCCGCCGGACCCCAAAGAAGGAAAAAGAAUAAAAAGGGAAGCCGCCAAAUAUACCGUUGUCGCAGGACAGCUAUACAAACGUGGAUUCUCGCAACCCCUGCUCAAAUGCGUCGAACCUGAGAACACAGAGCACGCCAAUAUCCACCAAGCCGCCCCUCACCAGCUCAGCAUCAUAUCGGCAAAACGGCCAUUCGGCACCUGGGGGAUCGACCUCGUCGGACCCUUCCCUACGGCACCCGGUCAACUCAGGUACCUCAUCGUCGCCAUAGACUAUUACACCAAAUGGAUCGAAGCCAAACCACUGGCCUCCAUAACGGCAACCCAAUGCCGAAAAUUCCUCUGGCGACAGGUCAUCACCCGAUUCGGGAUCCCCGAGAUCAUUAUCUCGGACAACGGAACCCAAUUCGCUGACAAAAAGUUCAAAGAAUUUUUAGAAGGGCUACGUGUAUCUCACCGUUUCAGCUCGGUAGAACACCCCCAAACAAACGGACAGGUGGAAUCCGCGAAUAAGAUAAUCGUCAAAGGACUCAAAAAGCGGCUCGACGAAGCCAAAGGACUAUGGGCCGAUGAACUCGGAUCGGUCCUAUGGUCAUACCAAACCACACCCCAAACGUCCACGGGAACACCUUUCCGAUUAACAUACGGUGUGGAGGCGGUCAUCCCGGUAGAGAUCGGAGACCCAAGCCCCAGAAAAACAGUCGGAGGUAACGAUGAGGGAGCGGAACGAGACCUCAUUGACGAAGUAAGAAGCAUAGCCCAUCUCAAGGAGCUAGCCCUAAAACAGAGAAUUAGCCUAAGAUAUAACCACGGAGUCAUCCGGCGAGAAUUCGUAACUGACGACCUCGUCCUACGACGAAACGACAUCGGUCCCCCGACCCCAGGAGAGGGAAAACUCACCCCCAACUGGGAAGGACCAUACAGAAUCAAGGCUGCAAUCGGAAAGGGAGCAUACAAACUCGAAUGGCUUAACGGCAACGAAGUCCCGAGGACAUGGAACGCCGCCAACUUACGAUGA